AUUGUCAUGGAUUACCGUCAUAGCGCCACCAGCCAAUGCGGCCAGGCCUGCCCUCGGCCCCCUGUUUGUUUGCUGCAAGGAGCCAGCGGCCGCCUGCUGUCCUUUACACUUAAGGAAGACUUGUUCUCUCCUCCCUCCUUCCCCUCCCGAUUUCCGCCAUGGAGGUUGAUCAGCUGUCCGCUGGCGAUCCUUUUCAGCAUUACCGCCAAACUGAAGGGCAUAGCAUCCUGCGCCCGACCUUCCAGUCCAGCGAGCAGAUCACUCCCGCGCAGUUCGACCGCCCCACUGUAUCGGCCGCCAGGUAUGAUCAAUAUUUGGAAACUGCUCCAAAGGUUCCUCGAACCCCUUGGGGCGUUGAGAGAGAAUAUGGAGGUGCUGGAAUCAUGAAUCUACCUGAUACUUUCAGAGCAAGGAUUGAGCCUCCCGUUUUAAUGGGAAAGGGACACAGACAUUUUGGCUUUGGUGGAUACGUUCUUCCAAGUGAUGUUGUUAUCGAUCAAUAUUACGAUCUCACCCAAUUGAAGAAGAGUCAGCUUCGCGCCACUGACCAGCUAAUUCCAUCUUCUGCAGAGCUUGCGCUAAAUCAGAAGCAGAUACGAGCGCCAUUUCCAACUGAACACCCAUACUUUUCCCACAUUUCCAAGUUUGCAGUAUUCCCGGACUUCAUCUCAGCAAGCGAUCCACAUACUGGGACACGAGCUGGACAGUUGCUGCCCAUUAAUCCUGAUAUGCCUGCAAAAAGUUAUGAUGUGAUUGUGGCUAAGAAAAUUAAAGGAUUUCCAUAUAGAUUUGAAACCCAGGAAAUACCCAUCACACCGAAAGGUUUAGCCUGGCCAGGACAAGAAGGUUUUACUCAGCAUCCUAAAACAGAAAAAGAUCGUAAAACACCAAUCUAUCCAACUCCGCCGAAGCUUAUUGCCCCCAACAAGUCAGAGCCAAUCUUAGAGCAUGCUGUUUCUGAGAGAACUGCUACAAUCUUGAAAAAUAUAGACAAAUCACACUGGCUGUCCUCCUACAAGAGGGACUUCACAGGCAGUGGACCAAUGAAUCCCCUUCAGUUAGAUGAUUACCAUGAGAAAGCAAUAGCACAAGUGACAGGAAAAUACACCUAUUUCUCAGAGCUGAAAGAACAGUCUCAUCCAGCCUUUUUGCCAAAUCCACCGUUGCGGCCCAUGAAGAAAAAGGAAAGCAGUAAGGUUUCCACAGAUGAUGCCAUUGGUUAUCAAUCUCCAAGUGUACCAGUGCACGAAGCCAAGUCACCAACGCCCAUAUGUGAAACUGAUUCAAAACCAGUUGAUGAGGUAAAAAUAUGUAGGGAAGAGAAACCAAUUUCUUGGCAAAAUAGGCGUUGCCAAACAGCUAUAUCCAGUGCUUCCUGCCCUGAGUAUGACAUCCGUUUGUUAAGAUACAAAGUUCAGCAAAUGAAAAAUUCCGAAAAACCCUCAGCAUUUAACCAACAUCAGAAAGAAAGGGUGAUGGAUUGUUGGGCAACUCCGGUUAUCAAUAUGGACCAAGCUUGCAAAAUAACAGAUUCUGAGAAUGCUCAGCCCCUUUGGAAGAGACGAAAGUCAGUCCAACAUGACAUUAGCUAUGUAGAUUUACCACAGAGUAAGUUAGCCGGUUUUACAACAAAACAGAACCAGAUAUCUCUGAGCAAACCACCUUCACCAAAUAGGGUUGAGAUUAAAGAUCCUGAAUGUGGUAGAGAAUUCAAUUUUGCAUCUGGCGAUAUGCAGCCCAUACAUACAUCAUAUGCUUCAGAGAAUAAGGAAAUGCCACAGCUGGAAAGGUGUAAUAUGUUGAUCUGUGACAACCCUAGGCUUCAAGUCUCGCAGCUAAAAUUUCCCUAUGCAUUCAAUAAAACAGAAAUACAUAAGCGAUUACAUGAGGAAGCUCCUGAAAAAACACUGGAUUAUCGAGAUAACAUCUACUCAGGGAGGAGACACACUUUCUUUGGAUUAAAUUCUUCUUAUUUCCAUAAUGGAACUUUAUAAAUACCCAUGGCUUUUCUGAACCUCUGAUAAUAUUAAAGGUAAUAAUGAUUUGCCUUUUAAGUUACUGUAGUUUAAUGUCUGAACUUUGUGGAAUUUUGGUACACAAAUUGCAUUGGAUCAAAUAGAAAAUUAAUCUUCACUGAAUGAUUCUGCAUUAACUCUUCAUUCUCAGUGGUUUCAAUCUUUUUUCUCAUCCCACUUUGCUUUCCCUCCCCUGAAUUCACUGGCUUCCUUUAGUUCUGAAACCUGUUCCUCUAUUUAUACUUCCCUGAUUAUCUCCAUACAACCACAGCCUUGCAGUCUCCUGUGGCCUAUCUGCUCCCUUGGUCUCUGUCAAAAUCAAGGCCACUUACAAUGAAUUUCCUUGUAUUUCUGAAGAUUCACAUCUUCACAACAUCAUUUCCUUCUAUGUCUGUCCUGAAAUAACUUACAACUAAAUUUUCUAAAAACCAACUUCCUAGUGUUUAGCGCUGCAUUUGCCAUUAUUCCUCCAGGGAUUUGCCAUUAUUCCUCCAGGGAUUGCUUACGUAUUUGUCCAUCCCAUUCUGAUGUCAUUGUCCCUAUUAAUAAUAUGACUCUCUUUCACCUUCAGUCCAUCAACCUCAAGGGGCAGAGAUUUGAGUGGAGGAAACAUGCAUGUUUUAGCUUCUUUCCUUUGGUAAAGCCAUCCAGUAUUCCAGAAUCAUCUGGUCUUGCAAAAACAACCCUUUCUUCACUAAUGCCUGCCUGCUUAUCCUGAUAUUUCCUGCCCCCUCAAUUGUCACAGCUAACAAUAACCAGGAGGAAGUUGUGAACUACUUUAUCAAAGAGUGAGGCCAUCAUUCAGCUAUCUCUGCUGUUUCACCUUUUCGCCUUGCCCUCACGAUAAGAGUUCCCUCUCAACGUCCCUCCUGCCCCCAUUUUAAAUACACAUUCCUCAAUAUUUUCCCCCUUCUGAUGAUCUCUUUGUACUUACCUUGACCACAUGGCACACCACUUACUAUGCUGUCAAAUAGAACUGAACAUUGUGCAAUCAUGAGUUAUAAUAGAGGGAAAGUCGCUGAUGAAGCAGUUGCUAGGACAGGAGACACUGCCCUGGAAAAUUAAUACAGUAGUAUCUUGUGACUCAAAUAAGUAUUUCUCAUAACAAGAACCAUCUUCCUUUGUGGCAGACAUGACUCCAAUCAGUGGAGAGUUUCCCCUGCUCAACAAUUAUUUCAGUUUUGCUAGGGCUCCGUGAUGCCAUCCUAGGUCAAAUGCUGCUUUCCUGUCAAGGGCAGUCACUCUCAUCACGCCUCUGAAAUUCAACUCAAUUAUCCAUGUUUGGACAAGUGGUAUACUGAGGUCUAAAUCUGCUGGUGGAACCAAAGCUGAGCAUUAGUGAACAGGUUAUUAGUGAGUAAAUGUUGUUUAAUGGGCUGAUGAAAAUACUUUCCAACACUUUCAUCCUGACUGAGAGUAGAAUAUUAAAUGCUAAUUGGUUGGAUUGGAUUUGACCUAUUUUUGAAGAAAGAAAAUACAAUGAAAGGAAAUUUUCCAUCCUGUUGUGUAGAUGCCAGUGUUGUGGAUGUACUGGAACAGCUAGGAACACAGAAACAGGAGGAGGACAUUAACCCCUCAAUUCUGUUUCACCAUCCAAUAAGAUCAUGGCUGAUCUAUGGCCUAACUCCAUUUUCCUGUCUUUGGCUCAUAUCCCUUAAUACUUUGUUGAAAAAAAAAUUAUCUAUCUCAGAUUUAAAAUUAACAACUGAUCUAGAAGUUGGCUCGAGACACAGCUAUCUCUGGCGCAAAAGCCCUCAGAGUUACAUUUGGGCUAUUGUCACAGCCUGUAGUCUUUGUCAUAUCCAGUGCAAUUAACCUUUACUUGGAUUUGCAUGUAUUAAGUCAGGCUGAAUAAUGGCAUCUGUGAUGUUGGGAUCUUCAAGGGAAGACCAAGUUGGAGUAUUAAUUCAGCAAUUCUGGCCGAAGAUAUUUGCAAGUGCUUCAGCCUUGUCUUUUGCACACAGACUGAUCAAUGAGGAAGAGGAAGUUCUUGGAGCCAUCUAAUUAGUUGCUUCAGAUCCCUCAGUGUCUCAACCGCAUGUUUAAACUGCUUCAUAGUCUUGUACCUGCCUUUAUCCUGCUGGAGCCACCCAACAUCAAACAUUCCAUUUAUUUGGCCAUUUGUGUAUCACUCAUUCACUUCAACCCGCCAUUGAUAUAGUUGACAUUUUAGCCAUCUGUGUGCCACCCUCUGCAACUGGGCCUCUCCAUACAACCUUCCCUCAUUUCCUUCUUUGAGCUCCUCCUGAAAAGCUCACCACUUUCACCAUGCUUUUGUGCAUUCUCCCUAAAAUGUCCUGCUUCAUUUACGUCCAUUUCUAAUCAAAUCCUGUCUCUGUCGAGCCAUGAAGCCUUUUAGCAUCGUGUAAAAGUAAUAUUUUGUUCUGUUACAAUGAAAAUAACUUCUGGUGAUGUACUGUCAAUACUUCUACAGCCACAGAAUAACAAAUAACCACUGGGUGGAUUUUUUUCUUCAGUGCAAAGUUACACAUUUGUUUACAAUUGUAUAUGUUGUUUUGAUUUCAUGUAUGAAAAUAAGUGAGCAUCAUUGAUAUUUUGUAUGUAUUAGACAUAGAAAAAUAAUGAGUAAAGAGGAAUCUGAA